AUGCCCCGUAAUGAGAAGGAAACGGAUAAACACGACCCGAAACCCCUUUAUGUACUGGGAUAUCCGGGAAAGGACGCUCAUCAAAGACGUCUCGAAGCUCAACCAUCACGUUUGGAUAUCAAUUCAGUAUCGGGAGACAGUCGUGAUCUCGAAAUCGGCAAGAAACGACGCAGUUUCUCUCGGGUUGCAAAAGCUGCUAUUUUGGUGAGAAAUUGGCUAAUCUCGACAUCGGAUGAAACAGAAAAGAGAAGUGAAAUCGAUCCGUCGUCUGUCUUUCAAUUACCAUCGGCUUUACGGACUCAACUCACCGAACAAGCGGCACCUCUUCCCCAAAAUGAUGCAAUCACUCCUCAAAAAGUCGAUGAAAAUCUUCCCCCGAUCGUCCCCGAACCAAAUCAACCAUCAUUUAUGACAAAAAUCAUGGAUGAAUUUAUAAAAUGCAUUAAAGACAUAAUCUGCUUCUACGUUGAUCCAAAUGGUCAAUUCUAUUACUUCUGGACAACGCUUAUUAGCAUUGGGGUUUUAUAUAACAUGAUGGCGUUAUCAAUUUUCAUUUUUGAUGACAUCUUCUUUGGGUAUUUCAAGCAGUGGCUCGUGAUGAACUCGUUUUUUGAUGCGCUUUUCGUCAUCGAUAUCUUUGUGCAAUCCAGAACGACUUUUCUGUUGGAUGGUUCAUCGGUCGAAAGCAUUCGAAUGAUCGCGAAGAAUUAUGUGAGCAGUUCUCGUCUAAUCUUGGAUCUUCUCUGCCUCGUUCCCCUCGAUCUCCUUUUACUCAUUCAAUCUUCAGCUUCAGUGGUACGAGUGACGAGGCUUUUCAAGACAUAUCGUAUCAUGGAAUUCCACGCUUACACCAUCAAAAUCAUUCCUUUUCCCGCGGCGUUUCGGAUUCUCUCGGUGGUGUUCACAUGCUAUGUGAUAUUUCAUUGGAAUGCGUGUAUCUAUUUCCUCUUCUCGAUCAUGCAAGGCAUCGACAAUGCCACCGACACAGGCUUUGUCUUCUCAUACAAGAAAGUUUUUAACCCAGUGAUCCCGACAUGUGACAUUCUGUUGGAGGAUGCUGAUGAGACUUGUGCCUACAAUGAAGUCAAAUUCGAUUUACUUGACCCGGACGAGACGGUGCCGUUGGAUCGAACCCCGUACAUCGAGGAACUGAUGACAUAUUGGAGAGGACGAGGCUAUUCGGAGUGGACAUUCUCGAAUUUCACCCGCGAGUACAGUAUGAGCAUUUAUUGGUCUUCAUUGACAAUCACUACAUGCGGACAACAGCCUUGGCCUGAGAACUCUUCACAAAACAUGUUAGAAUGUGUGGACACUUUGAUCGGUCUCAUGGUCUUUUCAGUGAUUAUUGGAUCGGUGGGUAAUGUGGUGUCAGUGAUGAAUAAAAGAAGAGCCGACUAUCAAGAAAAGAUGGAUGCGAUCAAAUUCUACAUGAAAUAUCGAAAAGUCAACCCGGCAAUCCAAGAUCGAGUGCUGAAUUGUUUUGUCUACAUGGCCUCGCAAAAUCAAUUGACUGAUGAAAGGGAUGUUCUCGAGGUUCUUCCACCUCGUUUAACCGGUCAAAUCGCUGUCAGUCUCCAUAUGGAAACCCUACAAAAAGUCGAGCUCUUCGCGGAUUGUGAAGUGAAUUUCUUAUACGAAUUGGUGCUCCGUUUGCAGCAACACGUCUUCUCACCGGGAGAUUAUAUUUGCCGAACAGGGGAUCGGGCAAAGGAAAUGUUUAUUCUGAAACGUGGCCGACUUUCCGUGAUCGAUGAUGUCAAUCCGGAUUCUGUUGUCGAACUUGAGGUUCUUUGUGAAGGGUCGACUUUCGGGGAGCUCUCUGUUGUACAUGUGGCUGGGAAUUUGCUUGGAGAUCGUCGUGCAGUCUCGGUUCGAUCGGUUGGCUUUGCCGAUAUCUAUAUUUUGGCUCAAGAAGACGUGUCGGCUGUUCUUGUCGAAUAUCCAUCAAUGAGAGAUCAUUUAUAUGCUAAAGCGCGAGAAAUGCUUCGAGCCAAACUGCUGCUUGAUGAAGAAGAAGUUGACGAUAAUCAAGGUCUUCUCGGGAUGUUAACUCUGCCAACCGAUGAACAACUUUCUCGACUUCAAUUGGCAAUUGAACAAAUCGAAAGACAAUUAGAGAAAGAAGAACAAAAACAUCGACAAUCAAACGAUCGGAUCACCAAUUUGCUUACCUCAGCCAAUCCCGAUGUGAACAAUUCGACGCAACAACAAACAACGAACCCAACGACACUUCAACCAACAAGCAUACAAAAUCUCACCGGAAAGAUCCCAGUCGUCUUCGGGAUUCGCGUCGAACUGCCACCCGAUGAUCCAUUUGGAUAUGACAAACACGGAGUAUGUAUUGUGACACCGGAUGAAGAGUUCAAAGUGGUCGUUUAUGGGAAUCAUCUCGAUAAGCUCGAUAAGAUCGUUUUCACAGCCACGAAUAGCUGUUUGGAAUCGACGAGAGUUCUCGAUCAUUCCAAUCAUUUCAUUCAACAUUUCGUCCAUCGAGCCGCUUUCAAAUUGAAACUCCCCCUUUUACCUGAGCAAGUUCAUGCCUACAAAAUGUGCAUUAUUCCAAAGAAUAUUCCAGAGAAUUUUGUGAUGAAGCCGCUCGACGAUUUCUCGACUAUGAUCACAACGGAGAGACCACCAAAAGAAUACCUUUUGCCUUUGCCCCUUCAAUUGGCAUUGAUCGCUUUUCUUCUUUCACUAUCGGCUCUUUUCUCGGGUCUCACCCUGGGUCUCAUGUCGAUGACAACUCAAGAGUUACAAUUAGUCUGCAAAUCUGGUUCUGUUCAGGAGCAAAAAUAUGCGGCAAAGAUCCUUCCAAUUCGAAAAAAGGGGAACUUGUUGCUUUGCUCGCUUCUACUCGGAAAUGUUAUCGUAAACUCUGCGAUUUCGAUCUUACUCGGAGAGUUGACAUCGGGAAUCUAUGCCCUCAUUGGAUCAACUCUUGGAAUUGUGAUAUUUGGAGAGAUUCUUCCACAAAGUAUUUGUGUCAAGAAAGGUCUCGCCGUCGGCGCGCACACAAUCCAGAUCACUCAAUUCUUCAUCUUUUUGACAUUCCCUGUUGCGUGGCCAGUCUCUAAACUUUUGGAUAGACUGCUUGGAGGAGAAUAUAUAACAUAUAAUCGAAAAAGAUUGAUGGAAUUGAUGAAGAUGUCAAUGAAAGAAGAUGCACUCGCAUCGAAUGAAUUGAAGAUUGCGGUGGGUGCCAUGGAGCUUGCUGAUAAAGUCGUUCGACAGGUGAUGACAAGGAUCGAGGAUGUUUUCAUGUUACCAGAGACGACAAUUCUCAACGCAAAAACUAUCGCUAAUAUCAUAAAAAUGGGCUACACGAGGAUACCUGUUUAUGCAAAUGGAGACAAAAACAAUAUUACUGAUUUGCUAUUCGUGAAGGAUUUGGCAUUAAUCGAUCCAGAUGACAAUUUUACAGUUAGAACAGUCUGUGGCUACCAUAAACAUGAAGUGAAAUAUGUCCGUGAUGAUACACCGUUGGCUGUUUUAUUAGAAUCUUUUAAAAAGGGUGAAGGCCAUUUGGCGAUUGUCAAGCGAUUGGUAAGUGGCAGUGAGGAGAUGAGCAAUGAAGUGUUCGAGCUUGUCGGAGUUUGUACUCUUGAGGAUAUUGUGGAAGAGAUCCUUCAAGCGGAGAUCGUCGACGAGUUUGAUGUCAUCACCGACAAUGUGAAUAGGACAAAGAGAAAAAUGACGACAGCGCCUCGUGACAUGACACGCUUUUUCGACAAAGAAGCACCUCUGAUUCAGAUCAGUAUGCAUCUACAAAUGGUGGCCAUGCAAUGGUUGGUGGCGAACACUGAAGCCUUCAAAGACACAUAUAUCAGCAAAGAAGUUCUCGAGAGAUUAGUGAAAAAUUCAGCCAGAAGGGUAGACCUGAGCUCUCUUCAAGCAGUCUCACAAGUCACCGGUGAUCACAAUGAGCUCAACGUGCCUCGCUUGGCAAAGCUUUACGCAAAAGAUGAGCCUAGUGAUCGUUUCAUUUUGAUAUUGGAGGGACGAGUGCACGUGACAAUUGGACAGGGUGGCAUGAUGUUUGAGGCAGGCCCUUGGCAUUGCUUUGGCACAGAGAUUCUGCAGAAGUUGACGCAGGGAGCGGCCACGUUGAGUCGAAGCACGAGUAUCAUUGACUCAACCGAUCUCUCAAUGCGCCGCCCAGAUUUGAUGUUCAAACCCGAUUUUUCGGCGGUAAUCAAGGAGGACUCAACGUAUUUGGAGGUGACCGUCGCUCAGUACAUCAACGCUUACAAAGCCUCAUUGAUGCAAAGAGAAAAGGAGAGAGAUCGAGACAGCCACUCACAAGGAAGCCCUUUCUCGUCACCGAAACUCCCAUUGAGAAAGAGCACAGAGGAACCCUUGAUUGGAAAACAUGAUAAUGAGGUGAGAAGGACAAUGAAAGAAGCGAGAAAUGCUGUCGAGGCAUUGAAUCAGCACGAAAGAUCUCGGAAAUCAAGGAGUGAGUCGAGGGGAAGUCGGAAUGAGGAAGGAAUGGAGCUACUGAAAGCAAAUCAUGGUGAUGAUUACACGAGUGAAGAAGAA